UUUUUCCAUAGCAACUGACAUACAAAGUGAUCCAAAAAUGAAAAGAAAAAUUGAAGUGAACUAUCUUUCAAUGAUGACUUUCAAGAAAAUGGUGCAAAGUUGAACUAGAAAGUAUAAUGAUUAUUCAUGAAACUAUUUUCGAAAAGGCUAUGAAAAUAUAGUCAAAAAAUAAUGAAGGAAAAUGAUGAUGAUAUUAUCUUGAAAGAUACCCCAUCUCCAAAGAGGCAACUCAAUCAAUUCGACAAAUUGAAGGAUAAUGACGAUUCAUCAUUAGGUUCCCAAAAAGUUUACAAAAAAACAUCCUCAAAUCAAUUAUUAACACUCUACUUGGGUACUCGUGAAUUAGUCUCCCGUUCAGGUGUUGUAGAUCCUAUAAAAGGAGUAGUUUACUUAGAUGCACGAGUUAAUGAUUUGAAUCAGAAGGUGUAUUGCCAACUGACGCUUACUUUUAGGUAUGGAAGAGAAGAUGAGGAAGUAAUGGGUCUGAAAUUUUGCAACGAAGCAAUUAUAGCAUUGCAGCAAAUAUGGCCUAAAAAUGAAAAUCAACAACGCUUUUCAAUGACUCCGCUGCAGGAUGCACUAGUUGAAAGAUUAGGACAGAAUUCAAUUCCAUUUAUGAUUGAAAUCGGCUCAAUAACUCCGCCGAGUGUUCAACUUCUUCCAGCAAAGAGAUACACGGGUGCACCGAUUGGUACUUCUUAUGAUAUAAGAGUUUACACAGUUCCAACAACUGAUCAAAAUGAUGAAAGAAUCCAAAGGCGGUCAACAGUAAGACUGGGUAUUAGACUUUUACAUAAAAUAUGUCCUGAAACGAAUUUAUCAAAUAAUGAAUCAUCACAACUACCACCUGUGCCACGAUCGCUUCGCUUGCGACUUUCUCCAAAAGCACGAAAAUUAAUAAAACAGACAAGCUUAAUAAUUCAUGGCACCAAUAGCGCAUCAAAUAACUCCAAUGGCACAAUGACUUCUAUCUCUACUGACGUCGAUUCAACUGAUAAUGCAAAUAAAGGACCAUAUGGAUGCGUAGAUAAGCCUUUUUUGUGGACUGAAGGUAAAGUAAGCUUAAAGGCAGCUUUGAAUAAGUCCGCUUAUGCUCAUGGAGAAAAUGUUAAUGUUACGAUUGAUGUGAAGAACGAUAGUCGAAAAGUUGUGAGGAAAAUUAGAAUUUUCGCAGUGCAACAUGUGGACGUUUGUAUGUUUAGCAACGGAAAAUUUAAAAAUAUUGUCGCUGAAGUAGACAUAAGUAAGCAAAUUGGACCGGGUGAAUCAAUUCACGGAGUAUAUUCUUUGCUUCCUGUCAGAGGCUCAACAAAAAACUGGAUCGCAGUUGAAGGUGCACUAUUCAGUACAAGCAAUUACGACACAUCCUUGGCAGCUUUGAAUUCUAAAUUAGCAUCGAGUGCACCACGAGGUUGUAUAUAUCCUGCCAUUCAAAUACAACAGCAUCAAUAUCAAUUCCAGCAACAACAAACACAAGACUCAAACUUAAUACAUCAACAAUCAAUUACAACUCAGCACACAUCAUCCGGUGAUGAAAAAAAUGUUUUUGCAAUAUAUGUCAGUUAUUAUGUUAAAGUAAAGUUAUCAUUAAGCGCUAUGGGAGGUGAGGUUAGUUUGAAAUUGCCAUUUAUACUUGGCAAUUUUGAUACAACAGAUGGUACAAAAAUAGACAAAAUUAAUAUACCUCCAAAUCAUUCCAAUGAUUUACAUCUUAAUGACCAUCAAUGUCUUGAUGAUAUAAGAAGACCUGACUUUGAACCUGUUGACAGUUUGAACGAUGCAAAAUUUGAUGAAAAUAUAGAUUCAAAUAUGCUAUCACGUAAUAGCAGCGUUAAUUGCAAAAGCAUUGAUUAUGAGGACGUAACUGCAACGAGCAUUGGAAUCAACAGCGAGGAAAUUGAAUUUAUCAAUAAAAAAUUUAGCGAAAUGAAUCGGCUUGACUCAAUCAGAUCAUCCGACUCGAGUAUAUCUGAUGUUUGCGAAAGUGAAGAAAUUAAGCAUGAAACCAAUGUCAUUCAAGCACAAGUUCACUGUCAGAAAUAUUUAGAGAGUGACAUUUAAAGAACUGAUGAAUUAUUACUUAGACACAUGUGAAAUCACUAUUUUUGAUGUUAGCUUUUAUGAAAAUUAAAAAAUUCUGAAAAUGAAAAAAAAGUAAAUUAUUCAACGUUUUUGAGUGUUAAGUGAAACCUGCAUGGACAUCUGUGAUUUAGAACCUAACAAUCUAAUCUAAUAAAAAUUAUGAAAUUACAGUCUCCCUACAUGCACAAAUAUAAUCGUUGUGGUAUUUUUAUUAUUAUCAUCCAUUAAAGUCAUGCUGUUUAUGAUUUUCCAAGUAUUUUAUAUAUCAUCAAGCAAUGUUGCUCAAUAUUAAGAGUCGUAAUGAUUUUAGUUGGUACAAUAAUGCUCAAAUAUUAGGCUUAUAACCCCCCACCCUCCUUCAAUGCCUGUAAAAAAUUCUGCCUGUAGAUAAAUUUAUCUUAUCUGUACUGUCACAACAUCUAACACCCCUUACCUCCUGAAAAAGUUCCAUAUUGAAUCUUUUUAAGCGACAGAUUGCUAUUAUUUUGGGGAUUAUUCAUAAAUGAUGUCCUUUUUUGAUGGACGUCAUUUAUAAACGAUCCCCAGCAUUUUUAAAAUUUUUGUAAUAAAUAUUUAUUUAUAUGUUUAACAAGUUGCUUAAAAGUUCACAAAACUAUAAUUUGACUAAAAUCAAUACUUCAAUAAAAGCAUUAAUGAAUUUAACUAUAAAUCUUAAGUAGAUCCUUUAAAUCCUUUGGUUCCGAUAUUGAAUUCCCUACUAUGACCUGUGUUUUCUUCAGUAGGCAUGCUAAAUUUUCUCGCAUCUCCUAUAUUUGUAUGAAUAUAUUGAAAUAUGUUUGAUAGAGAAAAAAAGAAAGAAAUAUAUAAAUUAGAUUAAUUGUGGCGAUAACAAUUUACCUAAAAGUCUAAUAAAAUGUUUCAAGAUAUAAUUUAAUUUUUAUAUCAAAGCAAUUUUUCACAAGAGAAGUAAAUUAUUGACUGCAAAAAAAAUAGUAAUGAAGUGAAUUUUGAGGAGAUAUGCAUGCUGCAUUUUAAUAAAUGGAUCAUUUCUUUAUGACGUUAGCUUGAUACAGUGCUAGAGAGUCUGAAGUUCUGUAACAUUAUAAACAUUUUCAUACAAAAUGGGGGGGGGGGGGGGGGGUAUUCACUCAUCUAAAUCAAGAUUAAUUGGUUUCGUAUUCUUGGAUUUUUAGCGCAUUUUUGAAACUUAUUUCGAAAAAGUAGCUUAAUAAUUCACUUUGUUCGUUCGUUCGUUCGGGCCGAGAAAAACGUUUUAACUAGACAUCGUAACGAGCUCGGGUUUGUUUUAUCAGCUCCGUUACUGGAUUUUAAGAGCUCCAAAGCCGUAGCCAGGAUUUUUCAAGGGGUGCCAAAAAAUAUUUUUUUUUAAAAAAAUCAAUAAAAUCUGGAUAAAAUUAAAUAAUUUGUAAAAAAUUUCAAUCUGCUCGGGUACCUAAGGACACCCUUGGCUACGCCCUUGCCCCCAUCCCCACUUAUCUCAAAUUUUCUAUGGAAAAAAAAUUACUUUUGUUUUUAUUGUCACAAAAACUCAGAACCUCCUCCUCCUAAAAGUCGCUAAUCUAAUAAAUGAACGAUUCGAAAUCGAAUAAAGAUAUUGUCAUGUCGAAACGAUAAGAAAAGCAAAGGAUAUAAAAUAUAUAUCUGUAACAUAAAUUAACACUUACGUCAUUCAUUUCCUGUCCUUGAAGCUCUGACAAUCUAAUUUUUGUAAUUGCUAUUUCAUGAUAAAGAAUCCCUUUCACAAAGCAUUCACCCAUGGUCAGCUUAUCAAUUAUAUUUAGUAUAUCCUGGCAGUAUUUCUCAAUAUCCUGAUAAUCUUCAAUUGUCAUUAUGUAAUCCGACUCUUGCUUCAUCUUUAAAAUUAUUUGUAAUUUUAGUUCAAUUGUGAAUUGAUUUCCGUCAGGCAAAAAAUUUGCAAGCUUAUUUUUUAAAUAGUGAUUGAUUUUUGUCAUUGGCUCGGUUGAGAUACGAUUAAAAAUUUGUUUUGAUAAAAUAUCCGUUAUUUUUGAAGCGCGUGCAUGAUCAAGCUUAAAAUUACACUUUUCACACUUCCAUGGAGAUGUAACAACCAAUGGAUUUAUUGGAAGCAUAAUACUAUCACAUUGUGGAUGAAUACAUUUAAUACCAGAUAUAUUUGAGUUGAAUUCUGUUCGAUCUAAGCAUCUUUCACAAUUACAUAAGAAAUUUUUCGAGUAUCCUAAAUGAACACGUCUUUGUAAGGUUCCCCACAAUAAUUUUGUGUACGAAUUAAAGAUUUGUUCACCUUUUUUGAUUAAUUUUGAUGAUUUAACAAUCAUAAUUUUAUGAUCAUUGUAGACGUAGUAAGUAUUAGGGAUGCAAUUUUGGUUCAUUACAGCACCAAGUGGAAAAAGACCCUAAAUUUAAAUAAACAUUAUUCGAAAUGUAUAAAAUUGUUGUAAAUUAAUAAUAAAAAAUAUUAGUAACAUUAGAGCAUAUCUAUGAGUUCAAUAUAAAUUAAUUAGUAUAGCUUACGCGUAAACUUAUUCCAUGAUCAGGUUGGGAGUCAUGUGGAAGACCAACUUCGAAAGCAUUUGUAUUAAGAAUCGAUGAGAUUUUCUUCAAUUUUUGAACUAUUUCAGAAUCAGCAGUUAAUUCAUCAAAUUCAUCUAAAAUCUUUUCCACUUCCAUAUUUUGUACUGAUGAAUUUUCAUGACAGGCCAUCAUAUUUAUUAGUUUUGAUUCCUCUUUUGUCAAAAGUAAACCACGAAUAACGGUCAAGGCACGAAAUAAAUGUUUAGAAUAUUUAUUUUCAUUUUUAAGUUUCCAAGAACGAAUCAAUUCGCAUUCAACACGAUGUGCUUCAGUCUUUUCACAUUCACUGCAUACUGGAAAUUUACAUUUCUGACUGCAAAGUGUUAACUUAUUUAAGACCUUAUAACAUGAAAUGCAAAAGAUCUAUUUUUGUUUUUAAUGAGUUCGUUAAUAUUUAUUAUGAAGCAGAA